GAUCAUUUGGAUCCCAAGAAUCCACAACGGUGUGGCCCAUGAUGUGGCUCAAUGGGCUUGUCGAGCGGAGCAAUUUGGAAGAAUCGACUUGUCCAAUUUUGAGAGAUUCCCACUUCAAUUGGAUGUGGAUGACUGAGUUGAAUCGGUUUAUUACUAUGUUUUUCUUUUUUUUAGUCUAGCUUGCUGUUUCUUUGUGUUGGUUUAAAAAAAAAAAAAAAUACACAAUCCUUCCAUGGUUGUUAGGAUUUUCCAUUUGGAUGGAUAUCUCCUUAAAUUUAGAGUGAGGAUAUAUAGAGGUAUGUUGGGAAGCUAACAGGUGCGCUGCAAACAAGGUAACUACACUUUUAUCAUAACGUCCAUAACAGAUGCCUUAGGUUCAUUUUUUCCCUUUCGUAUGUGUUCUCAACACAACACCCUCAGGUAUGUUUUGGUUUAUGUUGUUGAAUGUCUUAAUACAAACCUAACAAGUUGUGAAAUUGUAAUUACAUAGAAUGGAGUAGUUGUUUUUGAAGUAAUUGUGUUGCCUUAACAUGUGGAAACAAUUUUCAUUGGUAUUUAGUAUUUUGGUUUUACGUAUUUAUCAUAUUAUACAUAUAUGUUGGAAGUACUGGUAGAGUUAACAAUGAGGCUGCAAGCACUAUGAUGCAGAAGUUUUGGGAUGCAGAAGUUCGAUCCAUGUUUGGAGACUUUAUAUGGCAAGGUCACAAGGAUGCUUCAAGAGCAAACUUUGAUCAAGCUGUUAAAGCCUCCCCAGAUGAUUGUUUUGUUUUGGCAUCAUAUGCUCGGUUUCUUUGGGACUAUGAAGAAGAUGAUGAUGAGGAAGAGACAAAUACAGAAUCAUUAACACCCAAUUUAUUUCGGGGAACAACUCUGUUACUUCUUAAGCUCUCUACUUUAGUUCGUGAUCUGUUGUAUAAUAGUCUAUGUACAACUUCCCAAGCCUUUUGUUUAUAUACUUCUUUUAACCCUUUUUGUCAAAGUUUUGGGUGCGUAGACUAUAUUAACCGAUAGCUAUAUAUAUAUAUAUUUUUUUUGUAAAAUAAUGCAUAGAUGAA